AUGAAAGAGGAGACAAAUGUUCAGAGUCAUGGUAGUCCAUUCUUAACACGUUUACGUCACGGUCGCAGAAGGAUUAAAUUGAUCCUCGGACCGCAACUUCAAAUUCGGGUGAUGAAAAAACGGACGAAACGAUUAAACCAGGCGGGAAACACAAGAAACAAUCCAGACGAAGAUGAACCACGUUCAGAUAAAGAAGACUUAGACGGUCGUGAUAGUGAAGGUGAAGACGAUGAUGAUGAAGAUCUAGAGGAAGAAAAGGAAGAAGAGCAAAAAGAGGAAGAUGAUGAUAAAGCAGAUGACGAAGAUGUAGGAGAAGAACAAUUAGCAGUGGAAGAAAACGAAAAUACUAUAUGGUAG